AGACAGACAGAACUCUGUCAUUCCACAUUCACUCCGUCCGUCACAGUCGAAUUGCUCCAGCAGACUACAAGCACUAACGGGUUCUGUUCCAUCAGCCAGAUUCUCCGUCGAGCAGGAGGGCUGGUGGUCCGUCUUCCCCAAACUCCCCCAUUCCCAACCCAGUGAGCUCCGUGCUCCGUCGUCCGUGUUCCGUGUGCCAUUCUUCCCAAGCCAGAGUCUCGACACGCUCUGGUCCCUCGCCUUUCUCCCUAGGUUCUUCCGAGUUGUUGUUGAGUAGCCCGCGUCGAAACUCGAAGUCGAUCGAGGGUUUCCAGGUGCAGUUUAGGCUGUCGUCGAAUCUUACCGUACAGGGGGGAAAUAGGGAAUACCAAGGCAAAAGCCGCGUCAGCGUUAGCACGACAAAAAAGGAGAAAGAGAAAGAGAGGGGGAAAAUAGAAAAAAAACCACAGUUUUACUCUGCUUCUAUCAUCGCUCCUCGCGUUUCGCGAGUCAUGUCGAUACUCUCCACCCUCCACGCGCUCCCCACGCUGCUGCUGCUCGUCCUGCUCACCGUUUUCACCUGCGGUCCGAGCGCCGUCGUGGCGCAGGUGCGGCCCGGGUGCGCGAACAAGUACCAGUGUCCGAAGCGCGAGACGAGGCAGUGCGGCGUGUUCUAUAACUGCAUGCCCGGAUCCACCGCCAACAUUGAAAAGGCCUCUAUUACCGUCUGCGGCAGCUGCUCCUACAACGAGCCCAAGGCGGCGUUCGCAUCGGUGUGCAACUUCCAGUACGGCCGAUGCGUCCCCAAUACUAUCGAUGGCAAGGUCUGCACAGCACCCGCGCAGUGCACGGCUCCAGGUGUUACGGAAUUCUCUUGCCGCCCAGUGAAGUCUAACAAGAAGCUGAGCCGAUGCUGCAGGACCAAGUGCCCGCCUGGCAUGUGCGGGGCUAGGAAGAAGCCUCUCAAGUAUACGAAUGCAUGCGGCGAGCAGAUUGUGUGCCCUGGAGUGUGCCCCCAAUAGGUUGUGGUUGCCAGACUUGUGAUUUGUGUUCCUACUCCCAGCCACGUACGAUAUGUUAGGGACGUGCCAGGGUAUGGUUUGUCCAAUAUGUUGUAUUUGUAUUGUGUAACAGUAAUGUUUUGCAGCACGUAGU